AUUCGUCUGUGUGUGACUACGACUGGCCCGUUCGCUGAUAACUCGCGUAGAUAAUAUUAUUAUUAUUAUUAUUAUUUUUUUUUUCACUUCCAACGACGUAUAAUAAUAGUGUAAUAAUAUCGCAACAAUAUAAUACUAUUACUAUUAUAUUUUAUCAUUAUUAUUAUUGAAAUAAUAAAAUAUUAUACCAUCUAUAUAUUAUUAUUAUUAUUAUUAUAAUAUACGCGCGCACAGUGAACUCGCGCGCACGCACGCACGCACGCUCCUCCGAUCGCCAGCGUUAUUGUAAAAUAUUGUGUGUAGUGUUAAUUAGUUGACAUUAGAGACGUUAUACGCGUUGCACUUCGACGACGAGGAGGAGUCGAGACGGCAACGCGUCCGUUAACGAUAACGUAUGUGAAUUACGCGCGCAUGUAGUUGGUACUGCAUCGUCGGACGAACGUCCUCGUACCUACGGUAAAACGUUUGUUAUUAUUACAAUAUUUUAAUAAUAAAUCGAUAGAGUAUCGCGAGUGAUUGGGGGGGUUUUUUUUUUGUCUUUUUUAAAUUUAUUCUCUCCGUUCUCGCGGCGCGCGGUGUUCGGCCGCUUUUCACUCGCGACGUGUCCGCUCCGUCGAGAUAUCGUCUCAUCGCGACGGUAAUAUGCGAUUGUUAUUGUUCUGCGCGCACGGCGUUCAGCGUUCGGAAAACGGCGGUUCCCGACGAGAUGCGUAAACGACGGACCCGGCGCGGACAAGGAGACGAAGACGAGGACGAGGACGAAGAAGAAAAAGACGACAAACACCACUGCCGUUGCCGCCAGGAACACGUAUGACGACGGUCCUAUUGCCCCGACGACGCGAGUUGUUGUCCGUUUGUGCUUGGCCGCAUCGUUCGUUGCCGUCCAUCCGCGAGCCGGACGUCGGCAGAGUACUGUAGUUAACGACUCUCUGCCCAAACCUUUAGAAAUCCGCCCAUCUCAUUAACGGCUCGAGUCAUUGGCGAUACUUAUCUGGCUACGGCUUUUUAUUCUCAUACCAGUACAUGCGAUUCACGAUUGCCGAGAAAUAUCACUCAGAAAAGGUAUAUGUCAUAUUAUGAAAUGAAUAAAAUGGAGGACAGAAAAAGGACAAUUCUUUCUUCUGGCAAUUCCAAUACAUCAUUAACUCCUGUUAAACUUCAAAAACUUAAAGAAAAUGAUAAAAUAAGUAAUGAAAAUGAUAAUAUUUGGAGCAUUUCAAAAGUAACUAGAGGAGCUAGUGCAAAAAGUUCAGGUUCAAAAACAGUAAUGAAACAUGCUUUACGGCAACAAGCUAAACGAAGACGCAAAAACACUACUAUUGCGGCUGGAAAUGUAGCUCCUGUUCCAAGAAUUAUACUUCCUAAUCAGAUUAAUACCAUAGAAGAUGAAUCUAGAGUACCUACAAUGUUGGAAGUCUUAUCAUCCAUUCCAGGUUUUAGUUUGGUAAAACCACGUAAACGUCCCGGAUCUAAACGAUUGUCAGCUGCGGCUCAAUUGCAACAAGCAAAAGCUGAAGGUUGUGUUGAUUUAGAAACACCAGACUCUAUUCUUGCACAAGUUAAUUUAAGAUCACUUUUGAAUAAACAAACCUUUUCAAUGCUCCCUCGUCUCUAUCAACAUAAACUUGUUCAAUUGUUACCACAUGUUGAUCGAGAAAAUUUAAGUGAUACUCAAUCAGAUUUCAGGCCAUUAUUAAACUCAUCUGUUUUAAAUAAUGAAUUCUUUGCUCAAGCUUGUCUUGAAUGGACCGAUAGAUUAUCAGAAGGAGAAUUUACUCCUGAAAAUCAGCAAAAAAUGAAAAUGGAUAUUGAUCGUGAAAAAAGCAAACUAGAUCCAUUUAAAUUAAAGUAUUUUGAACCUAUAUGGGGUGAAAAUAGAUUAUCUAGUUCAAAUGCUGCUGUUUCGGACUGGCGUAAUCCUAAGCAUAAAAAAACUGAAACUAUCACUGUUCCAAUAAACACAGCUCCGGUUAUUACAGUUACUAAGGAUGUAACAAUAAAUGCAAUAACAACAACAAAAGAGAUGACAACAACGACAACAACAACUACAAUCACUACAACAACAGCAACAACAACAAUACCAACCACAUGUUCAUCGUCUGAUGAUAUUAAAAAUGAAGAUAAAAAAUUAGAAUUACCAUGGGAUUCUGUUGAUUCCACGACUGAUUCUAUGAUAAAGCCAUUAGUAGAGGAUAUGGAUAUACCAAAAGAUGAAGAUAUUGAAAUAAUAGAUAUUCCAUUGAAAGAUGAGUUCAUAAAUGAUGUUGGUAAAAUUGAUGAUGUUAAUUUAGAUGAAACAUCGGUGAUUAAAAACUGGUCUUCAUUAAUGAAUGAUGAUCUGGGCACAUUAAUUCCAGAAUAUGAUAGUGUUUCUACUUCAAAAGAAAAGGAACAAAGUGAAAGUGAAGUUCAAUUGGAGUUAGAAGUCACUUUAACUCCAAAAAUAGAUGAUGUAAACUCAACAACUAAUCAAAUUCCAUCAAACGAGCCAAAUGACAGUAAUAUGAAUAUUAUACAAGAACUUCCAAAAACCAUUUCUCCACCUGUGGUUGUUCGAAUGCCUAGUGUUAUUCAACCUCUUGUUAUUACUUCUUCUAACAGUUCACCAUUACCCAGUACACCAUCUUUAUCAUCUUUAUCUCCUUUAAUUCAAACUCCUCUAGAAUCUAAUAUCCCUAAUGAUUUUUCAUUUAUCAACACAAUAUCUAAUAUAUCGUCAGCUCCUUCUGAUCGUCCAGUUCACCAUACUUAUGUGUCAUCAAUCAAAUCACAAGUGAGCUCAAGUAGUUGUACAACAAGUAGAACUAAUAGUAGAUCAACAUUGAAGCAACCACCUGGUGCUAUUAAUUUAGAAAGAAGUUACCAAAUAUGUCAAGCUGUUAUACAAAAUAGUCCAAAUCGUAAUCAACUUAGGUGUCAACUGAAACCACCACCAUCAGUAUUAAUUGGCAAAAAUUCUUUUAUACGAAAUGGACCAAAACCAAUCAGAAACAUAAAUAUUACGAGCAGUUCACAACCUCUGGUUGUUAGACAUGUGUUUGCAUCUUCUCGUGGCAUUCCAGUUAUGUCUGUUGGACCACCAUAUCCAUCUGAUCAACAGCAACUAACGGAAAAACAAAUGGGGCAGUACCUGUUAGUUCAGAGGUCUGGUGGAAUAACAGGUAUACGCCGAUCAUCUAGUGCUCCUCCGACCAAUAACAAAAUAGCUCCAAUUUUAAAUGGUGGAAGACCAGCAAGUGUAGGUAUACAAGUAUCUACCUAUGGUCAAUCACAACAAACGAAUGAUUGUUCUUGUAGUCUUAAUGCUAUGGUAAUAUGUAAGAAAUGCGGGGCUUUUUGUCAUGACGAUUGCAUUGGCCCUUCUAAACUUUGUGUUACGUGUCUUAUCCGAUAAUAAAGCUCAAAAUAUGAUACUAAAAAUAUUAUGCUAAACUGUAACACAAACUUAAUUUUGUUCAGGCAUUUUUCGUAAAUGUAUUAAGUGUGUAGAUGAAAAAUUAUUAUUUUUUUUUAUUGACUUAUUGCCUAUAUUUACUUUGUUUUAUUUUUCUCAAUCCUAAUUAUAUUGUUAUAUAUAUGUAUAAGUUGACCUUUUUGAAACUUAAGUAUUGGCAAACAUUACAGAUUAAUAUUAAUUCAUAGUUUAUUUAAUUGUUCAUUUUCAUUGACCAUAAAAUCCCCAAUUACACAAAAGCUAGUAUAAUCAAGAUUAAAAUUACAUGCAUUACAUUACAAUUACUUUACUUUAAAAUUUAAAACCUCAUGUUUAAGUAAUUAUUUAAUAAUAAAUUUAAAAUAAAAUGUACAUAGAUUUUACUCCCACCCUAAAGAUAAUCACAUGUACUUAUAAGGUAAUUUUUAAAUAUCUGUUAUAUAUUUUUAAAGUUUUAAUUUUAAUCAUUACUAAUUGGUAGUAACUAUCCAUAAAAAUCAAACAAUUUCUCAUAAUAAUAUAAACAUUUUACAUAACUGUUCUUAUUGUAUUAUUUACUAUAAGAACAAUAGCUCAUGGAAUUAUGUUAUUAAGUAAAUACAAUUAAAAUUAUAAAUUAACUUAAAAAAAAAAUUAAGUAAUACAUCAUUAGGUUGAGUUUUCGAGAAAGCUAGUCUCUCAUUAAAAUAAUUUAUUUUGAUUUUCUGUAUGUAAAUACCUACAAUAUUAUAAUAAAAAUUACCUUGUUUAAGUAUAAGUAUAGCAUUUUAAUUAUUAAACAUUUAAUCAAAGCAUUUUGCAUAAUUCCAAUAAUUAAAAUAUUUCCCAAAUAUUUAUUCAGAUGUUCUUACUUAUUAAUAUUGUUAUGUAUUAAAUUUUAUAAUAACUUAUUACUAGUACAUAAUUUAUAAUUAUAUUUGUUUUUCAUUUGUCAUUAAAUAUUAUUCUGAUAAUUAAUAAAACAAAGACGCCAUGUUUUAUAUGACUUGUUACUAAUACAAUUAUGUAUAAGUUUUAAGUUAUCAAUCUCAAAUUUUCCAAUUUUUUUUUUAAAAAUUUGAUAAUAUAUAUUUUUAUUAAAGUUUAAUUUAAUUGAUUAUAAUUAAAAACAUUUAUAAGUUAAGAGCUUAAUUCAAACUUGUGUGGUGUACAAGACUAUGUUUAUAGAUUUUUGUCAGUUAUGUGAUAAUGUAGAAUACUUAGAAAUGUUCUCGUUUCUUCUCUAAAGCUCAAAAAUUAAUUUCAAUAAAAUUAUUCUAUAAAAAUGUGUAUUAUAAAAUGGAUUUAAUAUAAUUAAAUAAAAAAUGCACCCUUCUCCUUCUCUAACACCGUAAUAGUUCAACAAUGUUAGACAAACUAUAAUGACUAUCUUAGAUAUUAUUUUGAAUAAUUCCAUAUUUUAUGUGCCUAUAUAUUAUAUAUUGAUUCAAAGUAGACUAUCAUAUUUUCUCUAUUUCAGUUAUUGAAAUCUACCAUAUAAUAAAAUAUGGGGUCAAUGAUAUACAAAAAUAUGUAAAUAACAAUAACUAGAAAACUUAUUGACUUAUAGGUGUAUAAUAUAUAUAUAUUUAAGGUUUAAUAUUACUUUCACAUGUUUCCAAUACUAUAAACAUUAGGUAAUAUUUACCACCAAUCAACUAUCAUCUAAGUACUAACUAGUUAUGAGUUAGAUAUAAAUAUAAAUAUAUUGAAAUCAAAUGAUCUGUUAUAAACUUUCCGAGCAUUAGAAAAUUAACUUUAAUUUGCACUAUUGUUUCGGUGAUGGAAUUGUGUUAUCUUACUAUAUCCUUUUUUAUUUAUUUUUUUAAAUUUUAAUGAUAAAUCUUAUGCAUUAAUACUAAAACCUAUUUUACUAUCCUUAUGUGAUUGUUAAUAAAUUUAUUGUUGUGUAAUAUUUGUAUUCUGUAUGAAAAUGUGUACUUAAGUGUUUGUAACUAUACUUGAGUGUACAUUAUUAAAAUCAGUAUACUCAACCAAAAACAGAGUUGUCGAAAUAUUUAUAUUUUAUUUUUUGUAAUGUCCCUCUUAAGAUAACUAUAUAUUUUAUUUGUAAGGGUACAUAAUAAGAAAACAAAAAUCUAAUCUGAUAUUAAGUACCCCAUAUUUGAUAACAUUUUUGUUAAGUUUUUGUUUUUUUAUUUAUUUACUUAUUUUUAUGAUUAUUGAACGUAUCCUAAAUUUAAAAAGUCUAUAUAAACAUUUUUAUAUUAAAAUAUAAUAUAGGAUAUAAUCAUAUUGUUUAUUGUUUUCUUUAAUAUUAUGUCUUCAUAUUACUAUAUUAACAAUGUAUCAUUAAUAAAUGUCCACUGUACCCACAUACUUAAACCAUUCAGAAAAAAUGUAUACACAUUUAAUGUUGAUUAUUUUUUUUUCAUCUGAUAUAAAUAAGAUAUUUGAUGUUAUAAAAUAAAAAUAUAUAUGAUGUUUUUUUUUUUUUUAUUUAGUUUUAUAAAAAUACCUACUAGAUACUAAAAAAUUAAGCAUUUAUUUAGGUUAAAAAUAAACUGUACAUAAAUAUAUUGAUUCUCAUUCUGUUUAUGCUAUUAUAAUGAUAUUGUUAAUUUACUUUAUUAUGAAUAGGAAUAAUAUACGAUUAUUAAGUGUAUUGUA